UUUUCAAAUGCAAUUAAAUCUCAAAGCCAAGGGCGGUGGGCCAAUGAGGAUAACGCAGCCGCUUAUUUUAUACAAGUAAUUCAAUUAUUAGAGACACCCGUCACCGUGACUCAUAUCCUCAUUCUCAGUCUCAUCUACCUAUAAAUGGAAAACCUAAUUUCCUUUCUUAUCAUCUGUGUCACUGUUUGUUUUUAAUUUUAAUUUUUUUUAAUAAAAAAUCUCGAAUCUUAUUCUUAAUCUUCGCAUCAGAAGGGAUCCAAGCAGCAUCCGAUUUCCGAUUCUAUGAAAUGGAAGCUGAUGUCUCCAUCUCCAAAACCCUAAAUGUCCGGCACUUUCCCACGCUUUCUCCGUCGCCUGUGUGAUCUGGGAAAAUUAGGGUCUGUGUUUUGUUUCUUAGGCGGGUUUGGUUGUGUUGGCGGUGGUUUUUGAGUAACAAUAGAUGGAGGGUUUGAAUCUUUUUGCUUUUUCUUACACUUUUCUGUCUCUUAUGGCGUGCGUGGCUCUUGCUAAAGUUGUCCUAAUUGGGAAUAAUGUCACCCUGUCUUUCGAUGAUAUCGAAGCUAACUUCGCUCCAGGAGUAAAAGGGUCUGGGGAAUGUGGAGGGUUGUAUGUGGCUGAGCCUGUCGACGCAUGUUCACCACUGACGAAUAAGGUUGCAGGCGUUGAAGGUGCUUGUGCUUCUCCGUUUGUGUUGAUUGUGAGAGGAGGAUGUAGCUUUGAGGAUAAAGUUCGAACAGCGCAACAUGCUGGGUUUAAAGCUGCUAUUGUGUAUGACGAUGAAGAUGAUGGUGUUUUAGUUGCAAUGGCAGGAAAUUCUGCUGGUAUAAAAAUACAUGCUGUGUUUGUUUCCAAUGCUGCCGGUGAAGUACUUAAAAAGUAUGCUGGUAAGGCUGGUGGCCUUACCAGCAUGGAGUUGUGGAUAAUUCCAAGCUUUGAAAACUCAGCAUGGUCCAUCAUGGCCAUCUCUUUCAUUUCCUUACUUGCCAUGUCGGCCGUUCUGGCUACUUGUUUCUUUGUUCGUCGGCAUCGUAUAAGACGAGAGCGCCCCCGAGCUUCUCGUGUUCGGGAAUUUCAUGGAAUGAGCAGUCGCUUAGUGAAAGCAAUGCCAAGCCUGAUAUUUACAUCUGUGUUAGAGGAUAACUGCACGUCAAGAACAUGUGCCAUUUGUCUUGAAGACUACAGUAUGGGCGAGAAACUGAGGAUUCUGCCUUGCAGUCACAAAUUUCAUGCAUUUUGUGUGGAUUCUUGGCUUACUACAUGGAGAACUUUUUGCCCAGUUUGCAAGCGUGACGCCAGAACUAGCACUGGUGACCCUCCUGCAUCAGAGUGCACACCUCUGCUUUCAUCCAGCCCUGCUUCCAGGGCGUCCUCAUCCAUAUUGUCAUCCAUGAGAUCAUCAUUUAUAUCAUCAUCAGCCAUACAAAUAGCCCCAGCAAUGGCAGACUCUCGAAUUCACUCCCUCACGAGCACUCCUUUUGUUCAGCAGUCUUUUUGUUCAUACCACCAAUCCCCUCCAAUCAGUGUAAGCCGAAGCUCAGUAGACCUCAGGAAUCCAUCUUCCCAACUAUCUCAUGCAUCCCAUUUGGUUUCCCCCCAUUCCUUUGGCUACCCAUCUAUAUCGCCGAACUCAAGAUACAUGUCUUCAUACAUUCCAAGUUCCAGCAAUGCGUCACCAAGCUAUGUUGGCUCAUCCAGUCAACAGCCACAUCCACUUCAUUGUAGCGAGUCGGCAGCAAGUUUUUCGCCUUUUGCUUCUGCUCAAUCUCUUCCAGAGUGUUGACCCAAAAUCUGCUGUUGGUGAGUGGUCGCAGCAAUAGCUUUUCCGGUGGAGGCAAGCCAACAUUGGGGUGUGUAAUUUUACCUCUACGGUGUUACCCUACUAGUGCCGAAUCCCCAAUGGAUUCUUGCCGACAUUGUCCGUCGUCUGACUGAUUGUAUACCCUGAAAGUGCUAUGGUGUGUGCUGGUUAUCCAACUGCAUUGUAUCAUAUGUGUUUCCCCCAUUUUUAACCGGAUUAUUGCUAUUCUUGUGUUUGAGGUCUCUGAAAUCCCCUCCACUCAAUGAUGAGUUCUGUGUGCAGUAGUCGAUAUGUUAAUUACGUUCCGAGUGUUCUGUUUAUUACAUAAAUGUUCAUAGUUUGGCAGAAAUGCAGGAGAUGUUUUCCUUCCUCUUUUUUUUUUUUUUGUAAUUUCAUCAGAAAUUUAAUGGUAAAGAUGCCCAUCGUGUUUUUGAGCA